AUGUAUGUCACAAAGCACGCCCUUCUCAUUGCCGCUCUAGGAGCAUCAACCAUCUCCGCGGCCUCGUCUCCGGAGAAGACAUCCGAGGACUUUGACGAGAUCUCAUCGCUCUCAACUGAUCUCAGGGCUGCCAUUGACCGGAUGCCAGUCCUCGGAUACGACGCUUCUAGCGUUCAUGAUCUAUUUGCCGGAACUUUCAACCUGUACAAAGGCAUCUCUGAGAUUAGCAAAGCCAACGUGGAUACCGAAGCGGGAGACUUCAGCGAGGAUGAGCAAAAAGAAUUUUGCCGGGAGCUGCACAGAACGAGAUACACGCAGGGGAGCCUCAUCAAGCGGCUUGGUGACCAGGCCGAGCGCAUCAGCCAAUUCCCCCUCACCCCAUCGAUUGGCAAUGCCAUUGGCGUCUACGAGGAGGAGAUAAACAAGUUUCAGGACGAGCUCAAUAGCAGGCUCGACAACUGCUCGGACGACUACCAGCAGCGCCUGGAGGAUGCCAUCAAGACCGCAAAGGCUCAGUAUGCUGCCACCGCACCCAAGGCUUAA